AUGACCACCCGAGCCGAAAUUUUCCCGUACCUAACAAACCACUCGCUCAGGGCCACCAUAGUAACAGUUCUAUCGUCAAACAACAUUGACACGCGUAAAAUCAAAGCGGUCACAGGCCAUCGAAGUGACACAAGCGUCGAAAGCUACUGCGAACGACCGACACUCGACCAGUUCAAAGAUAUGUCGAACGCCAUUUCAUCGUAUAUUGAUCAUGAAACCAGUGAAAUCUCGCCAAUCCCCCAGUCUCAGCUUGGAAAUGCUAGUCAUCCUUCUACUUCUCUACCCAGAGCACAAACUGACUUACUUCCAUCAUUUCGGUCUAGUUCUGGUCAAAGAUACUUCAGUUCACAACAAGAAAAUUUCCUCAUUGAAAGUGGCUGUAAUCUCGAAGCCAUUCUGCCAUCGGGAACUUUCGAAAACUGUUCUUUCACAUUCAAUAUAAAUUCAAACCAUUGA